AUGGCAUUUCACACUAGUGAGAAAGUUCUUCUUAAAGUGUCACCCAUGAAAUGGGUGAUGAUAAUCGGCAAGAAGGGCAAACUUAGUCCUCGAUACAUUGGUCCAUUUGAGAUUCUUGACUGUGUAGGGUCAAUGACUUAUAGAUUGGCUUUACCACCUAGCUUAUCUGGAGUUUAUCCAGUGUUUCAUGUGUCCAUGUUGAAGAAGUUUCAUGGGGACAGAGAUUACAUUAUAAAAUGGGACUCAGUGUUGUUAAACAAAGACCUUCAGUGUGAGGAGGAACCGAUUGCAAUUCUUGAUCGUGAUUUUUGA